AGACGGUCACCUGAAGCCGCGGAGAGGAGCGGAAGUGGGUGCCGCGCCGGGCCCCAGGGAGCACCGGUCUGGUGCGCAGCUAAAUCACGGACACCCACUGCGCUGGCACUUCGGGCUUGGCCCUAGUGCCAGACGCCGCCGACGCCUAGCUCGGGGGAAAGAAACCUGACCCUGGCGAGGCCGCGGCGGUGCAAAGUGAAACCCACCUGAAGGGGCGGGGAGGGCAGGGAGCGGCCGCCGGCCGGGACGGAGCCUGCUCUUGAGCGGGCGCGUGGACAGUUGCCUUAGUCUCACUUGGCCACCGCUCUGCCCGAGGAGGUGCAGGCACCUACGCUUUCCAGUGAGAAAACCCAGGCUCAUCGCCGCUUCACGGAGCUACUUAAGGACUGAGCUGGGACUGAGCCCGGCUGUCUGACCCCAAUCCUUGCUGCUUACUCUCCCCCACCCAGCGGCGAGGAGGGGACCUGUGACUCCACGCCCAUCACAAAGCAGACGUGUCCCCAGUUCCGAGGGAGGCGGUGCACGCGAGAAGGACCCCGGGGGGGAGAUCCGCGCGCGAGGUGGGGGUGGGGAAGCGCAGUGCCCGCUUCCCGGCCGAGCGACCCGCCGGGAUCUUCCGGACGCACGGAGCCCGGCCUUCUCGCCGGCGCCCGCACUGAUUGGCGCUCGCGGCCGGCCUCCGCUCGCUCACCUGCCCCGCCCAGCCAAUCGGGGCCACCGGAAUCGGGGCUGUCCUCGGGGGGUGUGUGUGCGGGGAGGGGGCUGAUGCUGCCUGCGGGAGGCUGAGCGCUCUUCCCGCCGAGCUCCCGUCGGGCCCGCCCCAACCGGAGCGCAAGUCGCCGGCUGCGCGCCCCGCACCCUGGGCCCCCUCGGCGCUGCGCUCCCGGCCCGCGCGCUUUCAUGCGGCAGCUCCGACCCGGCGACUCCCCGUGUCCGCUGCCUGGGACGCGCCCCGACGGCGCCCGGAGCGGCCUGCCGACGCCGCCUCCCCCAGCCGCCCGCCGCGCGCGCGCCCGCCCUGGUCUGGAGCGCAGCGUCCCUGCCGGCCCGGGGAGUGGGUGGGCCGGGCCGGGCCCGGGGCAGCCCCGCUGAGGCAGGAUGUUCACUUCCAAGUCCAACUCGGUGUCGCCCUCGCCGUCCCUGGAGCAGGCUGACUCGGACGCGCUGGACAUCAGCACCAAAGUGCAGCUGUACGGCGUGCUGUGGAAGCGGCCCUUCGGGCGGCCGUCCGCCAAGUGGUCCCGGCGGUUUUUCAUCAUCAAAGAGAGCUUUCUUCUUUACUACUCUGAAAGUGAAAAAAAGAGCUUUGAAACCAAUAAACACUUCAAUAUACAUCCUAAGGGCGUCAUCCCUCUGGGGGGCUGCCUGGUGGAGGCCAAGGAAGAGCCCAGCAUGCCCUAUGCCAUGAAAAUCUCCCACCAGGACUUCCAUGUGCACCGUGGCCCCUCUUCCUGGCAGGGGAACAUCUUGCUGGCAGCGGAGUCUGAGUUUGAACAGGCGCAGUGGCUGGAGAUGCUGCAGGAGUCGGGGAAGGUGACUUGGAAGAACGCCCAGCUGGGAGAGGCCAUGAUCAAGAGCCUGGAGGCACAGGGGCUGCAGUUGGCCAAGGAGAAGCAGGAGUAUUUAGACAAACUGAUGGAAGAGACGGAGGAACUCUGCCUGCAGAGGGAGCAGAGAGAGGAGCUUGAGCGCCUUAACCAGGUGCUGGAGGCUGAGAAGCAGCAGUUUGAGGAGGUGGUGCAGGAGCUGAGAAUGGAGCAGGAGCAGAUCAAGAGGGAGCUAGAACUGACUGCAAGAUGCCUCAAGGGUGUGGAGCAAGAGAAAAAGGAGCUGAGGCACUUCACAGAGUCCUUGCAGCAGACACUGGAGGAGCUCUCCAUAGAGAAGAAGAAAACCCUGGAAAUGCUGGAGGAGAAUGAGAACCAACUGGAGACACUGGCCAAUCAGAGCGAGCAGCCCUCUCCCAGUGGGGGUCUCCAUAGCAACCUGAGGCAGAUCGAGGGGAAGAUGCAGCAGCUCUGGGAAGAGAAGCUCCUGGCAGAGAAGCGGAUGAAGGAGAACGAGGAGCGCUCACGGGCCCUGGAGGAGGAGCGUGAGUUCUACUCCAGCCAGUCCCAGGCGCUGCAGAACUCGCUGCAGGAGCUGACAGCACAGAAGCAGCAGGCCGAGCAGGAGCUCAAGGCCGAGGUGAAGGUCCGUAUGGACCUGGAGAGACGUCUGCGGGAGGCCGAGGCGGCCUUGAGGAGCCUGGAACAAGGACUCAACUCCAGGGUGCGGAACAAGGAGAAGGAGGAGAGGAUGCGGGCCGACGUGAGCCAUCUGAAAAGGUUCUUCGAGGAGUGCAUCCGGAACGCCGAGCUGGAGGCCAAGAUGCCGGUCAUCAUGAAGAACUCCGUGUACAUCCACAAGGCGGCCACGCGCCGCAUCAAGAGCUGCCGUUUCCACCGGCGCCGGUCCAGCACCUCCUGGAAUGACAUGAAGCCGUCCCAGUCCUUCAUGACCUCCCAGCUGGAAGCCAACAACAUAGAGGAGCUGAAGGAGGUGGCCAAGCGGCUGAGCCGAGACCAGCGCUUCCGGGAAUCCAUCUACCACAUCAUGGUGACGCAGCCGGGACCAUCCUCAGCGCUCCCUCUUCCUCGGGGUGGAAAGUGAUGGCUGUCCUCCCCUCCUCCCGGGUCUUUCCUGGGUGGGGCUGGGAAGACGUGCAGGGGGAGGCUGACUACCUGGCUUCUCUCAGCUCUCCUCCGGGCCUGCACCUCACCCUCAGAGGACAGGGAUGCCACCUCCCUUACCACCCCUACCCCAGACCCUGCCCUUGGGUCUAUGCCAGGCCCGUGCAGGCCCCAGCUGGGUGAUGCCCGGUUGUCAGGAUGAGGCCAGGAAGAGGCCUGGUUGCAUGUGGAGGCUGUUUUCUCGGUUGGGGAGUGAGGUGGGCAGGCCCACAGCUCUCUGUCGUGCCCACUCUACCUCUCUGCGACGCUCCACCUGCCGGUCCUGGUGUGUGAAGGCCUCCCCUCCCACCUUGACCCUUGCUUCCCGGGGGGCUUCCUAACUCUCCUUGCUUCAGCGACCCACAGACAUCCCUCAGUCCGCGUUGACCACAUUGUGAGGCAGGAAGAAAGACCUAGUGCAGCAGCUCUGGGUGCAUGGCACACUCCACCCCACAGUAUCACCUUUCCUGAGGUUGGGCCCUGGCUGUGGGAUCAACCCCUCACUCCCCUCCUCAGGCGAGCUCACCCAUCUACAGCCUCAGACCCAUGAGGGUGAUGCACCCCUCACCUCCCCCCCGCAUCCCGCCUGCUUAGAUACGUAGGGCUCUGGGCCCUGGCUGGGAGCUGGGGCAGCAGGGACACUGAGAGCUCUCCCAGAGGAUGCAGGGCAAGUCAGGGAGUGGAUGAAGGCGGCCCUGGCUCCUUCACUAUCUUCUCUUGAUUGAACAGGGAGGCAGCUCCCUCUGGCUACGGCGGCCCUGCUGGUCCGUGGGGUCACAGACCACUCCCUCCAGCUGACCCUGCUUUGGUGGCCUUACUCCACCUCUCCCUGCAGAGGCUUUACCCGGUGAAGCAGUGUGACCAUGAACCCUGAAAGACGGGGGCCUGGGCCUGUGAAAUGGCCAGUAGCCAUUGGCUGACCCCAAGUCAUCAGGGGUGAAGCCGAAACAUCCAUCGCAGCUUCUGUGGAAAACCACCACCCUCCAUGAGGCUGAGGCUGUGUGUGUCCCUCACCCAUGGACAGCCUACCCAGCUCUUCUCCCUCUAGGCCACCCUCCAAAGCUUCCCGAGUCUGUUGGUCUCCCCAGAAAGGGGUGUCUGUGGGAUCGGGGUGCUCAGGGACACUGGUGGUAUGAAAGGUGCUGAUUCUCUGCUGCUUGGAAAACCGAGUGAGGAGCCCAGUCUGAGAGAUAGACAGAUGGCUGCAGGGGAAGUCCCGUGAGGCGCAGGUCCCUGGGGAAGAGGAGUGUUGCUGGCUCGUGUCCACUGCUCUGUGCUCAGACCUGCCUGGCGAAACUAAGCUCGGUGGUCCCGCCUCAGGGGCGGGUGGACUCUGAUGGCCUCAGCCAGUCUCUUCGGAGUUUAGGGGGGAGGCUUCAGAAUCAAUGCAUCUAAAUAAAUCGGAGUCUAAAUGUAAAAUCUUUAAACAUGUAGAAAGCUGCAUAAACCUGCAAAUAACUUAUCUAUUAUGUAUGUAGGAUGGACUUUGGAAUGAGGGGGAAGGUUGAUAAAAGCAAGAUUACUGUUUAAUUUUUUGUUUCUUUGUUUUUAAAGAAUUAGAUUAAUAAUGAUUUGCUCUUGGAGAAAGAUCUUUUGGAAACUUUCAAAUGAUUUCCCUCUGUCCCUCCAGGCAAAUUAUUAACCAGAAAGGAAAAUGUUUUUCUAUGCACAUUCAGCAAUCCCUAGUUUCUUUCCUUCUGUUUCAUCCUGUACUUAACCAUGCCUCAGGCAAAUCUUGGUUCUCUUCAACCAACUGGUCAAUUCAUAAGUAUUUAUUUGUUAAAAAGUCACUAUGUACCUAGCACUGUAAAUAGAAAAAGAGCAAAAUACUAUAUGAAAAUAUGCAAAGGUGGAAAUUGCUUACUGGAAAUAUAUUGAUUUGAUUUUUUUUUUUUUUUUAAACAAAACCCCUUAUUCCUUGGCCCAUUAAAUGUUUCCUGCAGUA